CGGCCGCGCGCUCCGCCUGCGCUCCACCGAGAGGCCCCGCGCCGCGGCUGGCCGAUCCAGGAGGCGGCGAUCCGGGCUGGGCCGGGACUUCCUUCCUCCCGGGCGGGACAACAGAACCACCAGCAGCCCGCUCGGAGCUCCCGGCAGCUUGCUGAGCUACAGCGCAGCGAUGGGCUCCCUGCUGAGCAGCGACAGCUCCAAGUCCGCUCCAACCUCCUCCGCCCGGCGGACUCUGGAGCGUAGCGGGGACCCGGAGCUGCCCAUCACCUCCUUCGACUGCUCCGUGUGCCUGGAGGUGCUACACCAGCCGGUCCGGACCCGCUGUGGCCACGUGUUCUGCCGCUCUUGCAUUGCAACCAGUAUAAAGAACAAUAAUAAGUGGACAUGCCCAUACUGCCGCGCGUACCUUCCUUCAGAGGGAGUGCCCGCAACUGACAUAGCCAAGAGGAUGAAGUCAGAAUACCAGAACUGUACUGAGUGUGGAACUCUGGUCUGCCUCAGUGACAUGAGGGCGCACAUUAGGACGUGUGAGAAGUACAUCGAUAAAUAUGGCCCACUGCAAGAGCUUGGAGAGACCACUGCAAGAUGCGUGUGUCCAUUUUGUCAGAGAGAACUGGAUGAAGACUGCUUGCUGGAUCAUUGUAUUAUCCACCACAGAUCAGAAAGGAGGCCUGUGUUCUGCCCACUUUGCCAUUCACAACCCAAUGAAAGCCCAAGUACCUUCAGUGGCAGUUUAAUUAGACAUUUGCAAGUCAGCCACACUUUGUUUUACGACGAUUUCAUAGAUUUUGAUAUAAUUGAGGAAGCCAUUAUUCGCAGAGUGUUAGACCGCUCGCUUCUUGAAUAUGUGAAUCAGUCAAACACCACAUAAUUUUAUGAAUAGGAUGGGGACCAAUCACUCCUACCACUAAAGAUGCUGCUUGAAGGACUGGAGAGAAAUUGCCAAUGCUUGAUGGAGAAGCAUGUACUACAGUGUUAUUCGCUUGUCUCUGUUACGUUGCAUUCAAAAACUGUUUUCAUUCUGGUUUGGAUCUGCCUUUACGUUCUUGAGUUUAUUAGACAUUUAACCACAAGGAACGGCCUCCGUCAGCCACUAGCAGACGGAAGAGACACAGCACAGGCUGGCUAUGUGAUGGAGG